AUUGGUAAAAACUUGACUAUUAACAUUUCGCUAAUCAAAACAAAACAGGAAAAAAAACAUACUUGUGAAGCUUGGAAGAAUGAAUUAGAUGUGAGCACACGAGCUUUUAUUUUGAAAAAUCAUUGUACGUACCGGAAGUAAAACAGUCACUAAAGGAGGGAUCCAGCUACAGUAUAAAGGUGUGAAGACAAAGAUCCCAGCUAAGCGACGAAACUAACACCUUUACGACGAGUUGUUGUUUACCAUUUCUAGUGUUUGGAUAAUAAGUAAAAGCCCGCUUAAUUUCCUAUUAUUUCCCCCGGAUAGUUAAUUUUUUUAAUAUAAAAUAUGACAAAUCCAGCAGAGCGUUCCUCGUAGCAGCAGCAGUGGUCAUGGCUCACCUAACCGGCUUUUCAAGAAAUUAUCUGCCUCAUCAAUGACCAUGGAUGUGCGAGCAGUUCUGGAGUUUGCCACAGUUACCAGGGGUGUCUCUCUGUUACUGCAGGCUGUCUUUAAUGCUGCCAUCCCCGACCAUGAAGCUGAUGCGUUCACGCCCCCUCGGACAGAAGAACCUCUGUACCUGGACUCGGUGGUAGAAUGGUUGUUUGGUGGCCUUUCGCGCUGGGAUGCUGAGCACUUCCUCUUCAUUGCUGAGAGGGGGUACCUCUAUGAGCACAACUUUGCAUUUUUCCCACUCCUUCCUGUGAUCCUGCGAGGCAUGGCAGAGACAGUGCUGUGGCCCCUCAGCAGCUGGCUGAGCGUGCGGGGGCGGCUGCUGGUGGCUGUAGCGCUGGGCAACAGUGCCCUCUUCCUGCUCAGCGUGGUCGCUCUGCAUGCCCUGAGCAGAACAGUUCUGCAGGACAGACGUCUCGCUCUGCUUGCCAGCUUGCUUUACUGCAUUACGCCUGCAAAUGUUUUCAUGACAGCUGGAUACUCGGAGAGUCUGUUUGCCGCACUCACUUUUGGAGGUCUGUUCCUCCUGGAGAAAGGCUUUACUUUCAGAGCCUGCCUUGCCCUCAGCAUAGCUGCUGCCGCACGAUCAAAUGGACUUGUUAACAUAGGGUUUCUACUGUAUCUCCCAUCACUACAUGCCAUUACCCAGAUCCGUGUGUACCGAACAACAACUAAAGGCCACUGUAGAAUCCUGCACUACAUUUGCGUGAUUAUCCGUCUCCUGCUCACCUCCCUCUUUGGAACGGCAAUAAUUGCCCUCCCCUUCUGUGCUUUCCAGUACUAUGGCUAUAGGGCAUUUUGCACCCCAUCCACUUCCCUGGAGCAGGUCCACCCUGCUCUUUUGACGCUGGCUGAGCGGAAAGGCUAUCGGGUACCAGAUGAAAAUGGUCCACCACCCCUCUGGUGUAUGAGACCGCUGCCCCUGCUUUAUUCUCACAUCCAGGAUGUGUAUUGGGAUGUGGGCUUCCUCCGUUACUUUGAGCUGAAGCAAAUACCAAACUUUAUUCUGGCUCUUCCUAUGGCUACACUUGGCAUACUGGCUACUUAUGGAUAUUUUCAAGCUAAUUCAGAACUUUGUCUAAGACUGGGACUUUGGGAGUCUGGUACAAACAAAAGACUUGACAAGCCCACGCCAGGCUUUUUCAACCCCAGAGUGUUUGUGUAUAUGGUACAUUCUGCUGUGCUCCUGGUGUUUGGGACACUGUGCAUGCAUGUGCAGGUUUUAACCAGAUUCAUGGCCUCCUCAUCUCCUGUGCCCUUCUGGAUCAGCGCUCAUCUACUCCUCCUCAAUGAGCCACUUCUUCAUCGGAGGAAAAAUUCAACCCCCAAUGUGACGCUAGAGAGCCACUCCAGAAAUAGUUGCAAGCACACGCCUCAAAACCCCAUCACUGCACUGCUACCACAUUUUAAAGCCUGUUCUCCUACCACACAAAGCAUUCUGGGAUACUUCCUGUCAUACUGGGUGUUGGGCCUUGCACUGCAUUGCAAUUUCUUGCCAUGGACUUGACUUCAUGGAUUACACUGAGGUUUCAUUUGUAUUUAUUAAGUUGUAAAGUUGUAUAGACUAUAGAGCUGUUUAAGGCAUGUCAUCAAUAGAAACUUUUUUGAAAUAAAUUUCCAAUAGUUUGAAUUUCAGGAAAAGAGAAAAUGAGUUUAUCAAAACUAAUUGCAAAUGUAUUUGCAACACUUAUCUAUACCCGUAUCUCAUUAAUUUAUUUUUGUACUUGAAAGUCACUUCAGGAAAAAAAGGAUGUACAGUUCUAAUUAAUUCUGUUGUUUUGCCUUUUCCUACAUGGUUUACUUUUUAAACUGAUGUGUUUACGAUAUGGAUCAGUUUGAACUGCACAUCAUUGGCACGUGUUUGCAGUUGCAUGCCUGUACUUUGUAUUUUAUUUUAUUUUUUUAAUUAUUAGUGCUGAGUUCCUACACAAACUUUAAAAAAGGAAUUGUUCAUCUAAUUCAAUGCACUGCAUGUUUAGAAGAGUUAUUCUAAGUUGUACCUUGGAUCUUUUUAAAUGAGCAUGAAAAACAUUAAAGAAGCUCAAUUUUA